AUGACUGAUAACGAAAAUCUGGAGGCAAACCUUGAUGGUUUCCUCAGAGAGGAGUCUGUCUCUUCAGAGCAGAGAGAGUUCAAUGACUUAUCAGCCAAUGUGAAGCUUGAACGUUUGAAUCGCUUGAUAAAGCAGACUGAGGUCUACUCUCAGAUUAUCCUUGAUAAUAUGCUUGAAAAGUCGCUUGAAAAGAAGAAACUACAGAAAAGACAAGAUAAACUCAAAAGACGCGCAGAUAGAAAGCAAGCCCGUGAAAAGUACGAAGAAGAUAAGAAGAAUGCUGAAAAAGCAGGCAAAGAAGCGCCAAAGCAGCCUGAGAUCUUGGACUCGGAGUCCGAAUCUGAUCUGGAACCCGAGGAUGAACAACCAGAAGAAGAACCAAAAGAGGAGGAUGGCUCAGAUUUGGAAGUUAUUGAUGUAAAAAGGAAAUCACGAAGCGGCAAAAGAUCCAAGCCAGACCGCAGGAGAACCAAGAGACAAAAGAAGAGCGAUACAGAGCGCCCCUCAAAGCCGGUAGCAGAGAGCUCCAAGAAAACUAGAGACACUAGAAAGGCAAUUGAAAGUGCCCAAACAGCUCAUAAUCAGCUGCAACCCAGUCUUGUCACUGGGUGUACUAUGAAAGACUAUCAGUUGGAUGGUCUAGAAUGGCUUGUUACGCUUUAUGAGAAUGGUCUUAACGGCAUCUUGGCUGAUGAAAUGGGUCUUGGUAAAACUCUUCAAUGCAUUUCUUUAAUCUGCUACCUUCUUGAACACAAAGUGAAAGGCCCCUUCUUGAUUGUUGCUCCUCUUUCAACCGUGAACAAUUGGUGCAGGGAGUUCGAGAGGUUUCUGCCUUCAGUGGAUGUCAUAAAAUACACAGGUCCAAAGGAUGAUAGAAGACAGGUCACAUUCAGCAAGAAAUUAAGAGGGAAAGUCGUCAUCACAUCAUACGAGAUCGUCAUCAAAGACUUCAGCCGAUUCUCGCGGGUCUCGUGGAGCUACUUAACUGUCGAUGAGGGUCAUAGACUUAAGAAUUUUGAGUGCCUUCUUAUCCAGAAGCUCAAGAGGAUUGAUGCUGCAAACAGAUUGUUACUUACUGGAACCCCGCUUCAGAACAACUUGAAUGAGCUUUGGUCACUUCUUAAUUUCAUUUUACCUGACAUUUUUGGUGAUCUUGAACUCUUUCAGCUGUGGUUUAAUUUUGAAGAGUUUACCGAAGGCAAUGGGGAUGGAGAAGCGGAUAAAAUGCUCAAAGAGGAUGUCAAAAGAAAGCUCGUUCAGAGUCUUCACUCCAUCUUAAAACCAUUCCUUCUUCGAAGACUUAAGGCUAACGUGAUUAGAAGCUUACCUCCGAAGAAGGAAUACAUUGUUUAUGCUGAUUUGACUCCUGUUCAAAGAGCUUUCUAUGCGGCCACUGUCCAGGGAGAUGUCAAGGCCUCCGUGAUCGAGCUCCAUGCGAAGGAAUUGCUUCUUAAGAGCUAUCCGUCGCUUUUUACCAAACCUGAACAUCUAGAUAUUGUCCGUGGAGCCGACCGGGGAGCUGAAAUCGUCGUCAACUCUGAUUCUCUGGAGGAGCCAGAUGGAAGACGGUUAAGAAGAAAUAGAAGGCAGAAAUACUCCAGCAAGCUCCUCAAGAAAUUCGAAAAUGACAAGAUGAGGGAUUUAGAAGAAAGCGAUGAGGACUAUUACGAUGCUAAUGAUAAUAAAGAAGAGAAGGGCGAGGAAGAUGGACAGGCACAGGAGCCGACCGAGGAGGUUCCAGCGACGCAGACAUCUUCAACCGAAGAUAACCAAAACGGAGGAGAUCUGAGUACUCUGGCAACUACUUUUGAAAAUGGCGGAGAGAAUGGGAAUAUCGUGGUUCCUCAAAGCUUGAAAAGUCACGAGUCUCUCGAAGGUGAAGCACUUGAGAAAGAGGUAGAAAAGCAGACAGCAGAGCUCGAGAGAACCUUAAUGAUGAGUAUGGCUGCAGAAGGAGGUGAAGAUGCUACUGAAACGGCUGCUGAGAAUGGAGCUGUUUUAGAGUUCCACCCGAAGGACCAGGAAGUGGUUAAAGUAAACACUACAUCUCGCGAGUGGAUACCUUAUGCCCCAUCAGGUAGAGGCAAUGGUGCUUUGACAAAGGCCGAUGUGAGGAACGGCGGAAUGAAGAAAAAACUUCAAAGAACACUUCGUGAUGUUCUUCUGAAUGGUAAAUCCGACGGACCCGAGAAGCGAGGAAGAGGAUGGCCUAAGGGGUCAACUGCUCGAGCAAGAAAGGUCACCCAAGUUCUGUCCUCUGAUUCUGAUUCGGAUGUGGAAGUUAUUGAAAUCCAGGAUGAUUCCGACCUUAGUGAUGACGAGAGGAGGAAGGUUCUUUGUGAGGAUGCGUAUGCCGUUGCCAAGAGGCACGCCAUAAGCCUUCACCUUCAGAAUACAGCGAUGCAGUUGAGAAAGAUUUGUGGUUCACAUUACACAUUCUAUGAACCUUAUGUGAUUCAUACUAAUCUUGAUGAUAUUGACGACAUAGCGGUCAAUUCCUUCCUGGAGAAGAUUGUCAAACAUUCUGGGAAAAUAAAGUUGUUUGAACAGCUUUUGGAUCGCUUGUUAAACGACGGGCAUAAAGUAUUAGUGUUCUCACAGUUCCAGAAGAUGCUAGACGUUCUUGAGAUUGUCUUGAGCAAGAAAGAUAUUCCUUUUAAUAGACUUGACGGAAGCACUUCACAGGACGAAAGAGAAGAGGCAAUGAAUGAGUUUAAAGAGAAGGGCGAGGAUUCCAGCAAAGUGUUCUUGCUCUCCACUAGGGCUGGUGGACUCGGCUUGAACUUGGUUAGUGCCGACACUGUCAUUCUUUUCGAUAGUGACUGGAAUCCCCAGAUGGAUAUUCAAGCCAUUGACCGUCUUCACAGAAUUGGCCAGACGAAACCGAUCAAGAUUUUCAGACUCGUCGUCAGAGACACUAUCGAGGAGUUAUUGAUUGUGAAGAGUUUCAGUAAGAGGCUUCUAGAGAGGAUGGUCAUACAGCUGGGGGAAUUCCAAUUGGGCAAAGUCGCUAAGAAAUUAGCCGAAGAGAACAUCGAUUUGGAAAAAUUUACAUCCAUGACAUCGAUUGUGGAUAUCGGCAACCGUUUGAACCUCCACGGAGCGCAUGAGGUGGAGUUUAUCAUGGAAAAGUCGAGCAAUUUCCUUUUAGCUCCUCCCACAUUACAAGAGCCACUCACUGACGCUGAGAUGGAGGAACUCAUGGAUAGAAGCCUGGAGUGUUACAGCCGAAACCCACUCGAAACCUCAUUUCCUAAUGUUGUACCAUUUGAGGCUACCAAUAAUGCGCUAUAUAUCCCUUCGACAUGGCCUGAAGUCAGAGACCAGUCGGAAGUGGUGGUGGUUGAUUUUGACGAGCAGUACACGAGCAAAGUCAAGGGUCACAAUGAAUUCGAGAGGUGGGUGGAUGAACAGUCGAGGAGGUCGUUCGAUUAUAUUCUCGAUAACGUCGGCGGCGCCUCGCCGUUGCUCAAUGAGAAGGAGGUGUUGCCUGGCAUUGUUAUUGCUUCUCCUCUGAGGUCGAACCCAGAUUACUUUUACAAUUGGAUCAGAGACUCUGCUUUGACCAUAAGGACACUAAUAUACCAUAUGAAUGAUAAUGUGGAAGAUGAGGAUACCGUGGAGAGAUUACGGAGGGUCGUUGAACAGUACAUUGAGGCGAACUAUAGGCUUCAGAGGGUCCCAAACAAGUCGGGCAGAUUUGACGACAAAACGAGAUCGGGGCUUGGGGAGCCUAAGUUUUUGACGACCGGCGAGUCAUUCGACGAGAACUGGGGCAGGCCCCAGUCAGAUGGCCCGGGGCUUCGUGUGUCUACGAUACUUGGGUACUUAUUCUUCCUCAGUAGGAAUGAUUUGCAGAUCGAGAACGAGUUCUUGGGAAAUGAGACCUUCAUUUACUAUAACAUAAUAAAGCCCGACCUUGAAUACAUCAUUGCCAAUUGGAAGUCGAAGCUGUUUGAUUUGUGGGAGGAGGUUGACUCGUACCAUUUUUUCAAUGCAUUAACACAACUCAAGGCGCUUCAGGAUGGUCAGCGUUUCGCCAGAAGCUAUGCUGUUGAUAUGAUCUUUGCAAGGCAGCUUCAGGCCGCUUUUGAAGAGUUGCAGGAGUUUGUUACCUCGUCUGGAGGAUUCACGAGGCUGUCACUUCCAUACAUCGUGGCCAUUCCUGAGUUGUAUGAUCAGGGCGACAGGUCAGGGCUCGACGCCGCUACAUUCCUUGCAGCACUUCAUGCUCAUAACUUGGAGUUUGGCGGCACCGACAAUAUUCCCUUUGAUGUUGACGACUCCCAUAUCCUCAACACGAUAACCGCCAUGGUUGGUGAUAUGAAACAAAGAUAUCCCAUCAACCAUAGAUACAGAUGGCGUAACAACAUUGGAGUGGCUUUGGGCAGGUACCCAGAGGAUAUCUAUGAUGGCCAGGGAACUUCAAUUGGUAACCCAUGGUUCAUCGCUACACUCUCAGCGGGAGAGGUUCUUUACAAGUGGAUCUACAAAUACUCCAAGACCCACGCCGAUCUCGUUAUUAACGAGCUGAACAUUGCAUUCUUUAGACCCCACGAUGCCGAGCUUAACAGUGAAGCUCCUGCUGGAGACACAAGAAUCGUCAUCCCAUACAAAUCCGAAAGGUAUCAGCAAAUUCUCAAGAACGUGUAUAAGUAUGCUGAUACCUUCAUUGAAGUCGUGAAACAGCACGUACAUACCGGUGAUGGAACGAUGCUGGAGCAAUUUGACAGGCAGAAUGGGUAUAUGCGUGGAGCAGAGAAGUUGACUUGGUCUUACCUGGCUUUCCACAACUGUGUGAGAUGGAGGAUCAAGGCAGCACAAGAAAUUGAACGCGUAAAGGCUCCAAUAAUUAAAUAA